AGGGUUUCUGUGAAUUUCUCUGGAAUAAUUUUUCCGUUGAUCGAUUCUCUUCUCCGUGUUGAGCUCGUAUCUAAAGAUUUGUGAUUACAAGCUCCGUGUUGUCUGAUUUGAAGCUAAUUUAUGUGGAGGAGGUUGAAUUUUGGUUUGUGAAGAAUCUUUGCGGAUUCAGCUUUAGGAGAUUCAAAUGGUGUCUUGCAAAUGAGUUAUAGAAGCUAGUGAGAAUUAUAUCUGUUUGUAAUUCUUGUUAAAACGAUGGUUGAAAGUGCUGCGUUCCCGGGAGGGUAUUAUCGGAAUACUUUUGAAGCGCCUGAUGAAUCAGAGGGCUCUGGGAGCUCUGCACAGAUUGAUACUGAGGUCACUGCGUCUGAGAAUUCAAGCACUCCUGCAAGAAAGUGUAUUAUGUUGAAUUCUAAUGAUGAAGAUCCUUAUGGUGUUCAGAGACAAGUCAUUUCCUUGUAUAACAUGUCACAAUCUGAGAGGAAGGAUUUGAUUAAUCGGCUUAAGCUGGAGUUGGAGCAGACAAAGAUAGUUAUUAGGAAUGCUGAGUUGCAGAGGAUGAACCCUGCUGCUGUGUCGUCUACUAGUGAUAGGGUGGGUUUUAACACUGCUCAAAAGUUAUCAUCUCGAGUCAGCAAUUCGAAGAAGACAUCUGAUUUUGCAAUGGGAUCGGGGAAGAAAGUUCGGCAUCAGACUGGGAGUUCUCGUGGAUGGAAUCGUGGUACCUCGGGGAAGUUUGAGUCGUCAAAAGAGUCUAUGACUAGCACUACUAACAUUACACUGAUGAAGCAAUGUGAUACGCUACUGAAAAAACUGUGGUCUCAUCCACAUUCUUGGGUUUUUCAGGCGCCAGUUGAUGUAGUGAAACUGAACAUACCUGACUAUCUCACUAUUAUCAAACAUCCCAUGGACUUGGGGACAGUAAAGAAGAACUUAGCGUCUGGUGUAUACUCAAGCCCACAUGAGUUUGCUGCUGAUGUGAGGCUUACAUUUACCAAUGCAAUGACAUAUAACCCUCCAGGACAUGAUGUUCACAUUAUGGGGGAUAUCCUUAGUAAAUUAUUUGAAGCGCGGUGGAAAACUAUCGAAAAGAAAUUACCAGCUUGUAGCAUGCAAACGUUGCCUGUAAUAACAUUGGAGCCCAAUGAUGAAAGGAAAGCUGCUAUAUCUGUCCCUCCGGCAAAGAAGAGAAAGAUGGCUUCACCUGUUAGAGAGAGUGUUCCAGAGCCUGUGAAGCAACUUAUGACUGCAGAGGAGAGGCAUAGAUUGGGCAGACAACUCGAAUCACUACUCGACGAACUUCCUGCACAUAUCAUUGACUUUUUGAAGAAACACAGUUCAAAUGGAGGAGAAAUUGCGGAAGACGAAAUUGAGAUAGACAUUGAUGUUCUCAGUGAUGAAGUACUGGUUACUCUUCGAAACCUUCUAGAUGAAUAUAUACAAAAUAAAGAAGCAAAGCAGUCGAAUGUUGAACCAUGUGAAAUAGAGCUUAUUAAUGGAUCAGGACCGAGCAAUUCGUCGCUGCAACGAGGAAAUGAAUUGGCUGAUGAGUAUGUCGGUGGGAAUGAACCUCCUAUCUCAAGGAGCUCCAGUGAUUCGGACUCUGGUAGCUCGGAAGAUCAAUCUGAUGACGCUAAACCCAUGGUUCAAGUGGAUUCUUCCAAGAUGCCUGAAACUGCAAAUUCUGAGGCGCAAAGAGAUGAAAAUACAAGAAUUGAUGAUCUUUUCGGAGGAAGUCAAUCUACUGGUGCGCUGGAGCAGAUGGAUAUUUGUUCUCAGCAAAAGCCUAGUUCGGAUGAAUCGGAUAUCCAACAUGAGGGAAAUAUAUUAGAGACUCCAGUUUCAUCUGAGAAGCGCUAUAGAGCUGCGCUGUUGAAGAACCGGUUUGCAGAUAUCAUUCUAAAAGCACGCGAGAAACCUCUUCCACAGAAUGGUAUUAAGGGCGAUCCAGAAAGGCUGCGCAAAGAAAGAGAAGAACUCGAAUUGCAGAAGAAGAAAGAGAAAGCGCGGCUACAAGCUGAAGCAAAGGCUGCUGAAGAUGCUCGUCGCCAAGCUGAAGCAGAGGCCGCUGCAGAAGCUGCUGCUGAGGCUAAGCGGAAGAGAGAACUAGAAAGAGAAGCCGCUCGCCAAGCUUUAUUGAAGAUGGAGAAAACUGUAGAGAUCAACGAGAACUCACGGUUUCUCGAGGACCUAGAGAUGCUGAGUUCGAGUGCACCUGAGCAAUUACCAAGCUCAGCCGAUGAAACCAGCCCCGAGAGACCUUUAGACGCACUUGGAAGUUUCAACCUCAGAGGAAGUAACCCACUUGAGCAACUCGGACUGUACAUGAAACAAGAUGAUGAUGAAGAAGAACCCGAAGCUCCUUCGGUUCCAAAAUCUGAUGAAACCAGCACCGAGAGACCUUUAGACGCACUUGGAAGUUUCAACCUCGGAGAAAGUAACCCUCUGGAGCAACUCGGACUGUACAUGAAACAAGACGACGAUGAUGAAGAAGAACCCGAGGCUCCUGCGGUUCCAAAACCCGAUGAAACCAGCCCCGAGAGACCUUUAGACGCAUUUGGAAGUUUCAACCUCAAAGGAAGUAACCCUCUUGAGCAACUCGGACUGUACAUGAAACAAGACGAUGAUGAAGAACCCGAGGCUCCCGCUAUUCCAAACCUAACCAACGACGUGGAAGAAGAGACUCGUCCUUUAGCUUCCAGCUGUUUAAUCUCCCUCCUCCACGGCGUCUCCGCCGUCGUUCUCGCCACCAACGCCUUACUCUCCGAUCCUAACCGUGGUUUCUCCUCCGUCAACACCCGAUCUCAAAACUCUGUUCUUGAUUUCAGCUCCGCUUAUUUCCUCGCUGAUCUCGUCCACCUCGCCGUGUUUCCUUCUCCCGCCGGCGGAGACUCGCUUUUCGCAGCUCAUCACGCCGCCGUGCUCUUCGUUUUCCUCACGUGCCGUUACAUGGUUGCUCACGGCGCUUGCGCUCUGCUCGCGCUGCUCGUCGUAGCCGAAGCGACCAGCGCGUGUCAGAACACGUGGACGCUAGCGGAUGCGCGUGGUAAAGACGCGCCACUAGCGGUGAGUUUGCACCGGUCCGUUACGGUGCCGUUUUACGCGUCGUAUAGCGUUUGCAGGUGCGUUAUAGCGCCGUUGCUUAUCGUUAAGAUGACGUGGUUUUACGUCAGUGGAGGCGCUGAUGACGUCAUACCCAGAUGGGUUUGGGUUUCGUGGACCGUUGUUAUUGUUACUGCCGUUACCGUUAGUAUCCUUUGGAUUUGGAAUUUAUGGGUACUGUUUUUUCAGGAAAGAUAUUCCAAAUUUACCAAAAAGGUUAAAUAGAUAAAUAUUUGAAGAGAUGUUAAAAAAAAAAGAAAAAAGAAAAAUAUUUGAAGUUUCCAUAUUCGAGAUUUGUUAUCUAAUUUGAGCGUAAAUUAAUAUCUCCGAAUAAAUUAUGUUCAUGGAU